AUUUGAGAAAUUUAAAAAUAAUCACUGUUGAAACCGGUAAAGUAAAACAAGAUUCCUCGAGUGACGAAAAAGACUGCUACCAGAGUAAUUCCCAAGUUGUGAGAGGAAGAAACAGAGUCGCGCACGGCGGCCAUGGCGUCGGGAGGAGGAAGCAGCGGUGGAGGUGUGGAGUGGCACGUUAGGCCUCCGAAUCCCAAAAAUCCAAUCGUCUUUUUCGAUAUAACCAUCGGUUCCAUCCCCGCCGGUCGUAUCAAAAUGGAACUCUUCGCUGAUAUCGCUCCUAAAACUGCCGAAAAUUUCAGACAACUAUGCACCGGCGAAUACAGGAAAGCAGGGCUGCCUGUUGGUUACAAGGGCUGCCAAUUUCAUAGGGUUAUUAAAGAUUUUAUGAUUCAAGCUGGAGAUUUUGUUAAGGGUGAUGGUAGUGGAUGUACUUCCAUAUAUGGCCAUAAGUUUGAAGAUGAAAAUUUCAUUGCCAAGCACACUGGUCCUGGGCUUCUAUCAAUGGCAAACAGUGGUCCAAAUACCAAUGGUUGUCAGUUUUUUAUCACGUGCGCGAAAUGCGAGUGGCUUGAUAAUAAGCAUGUUGUAUUCGGGAGGGUGAUUGGAGAUAGUCUUCUUGUUGUUCGGAAGAUUGAGAAUGUGGCUACAGGACCAAACAACCGGCCGAAACUACCAUGCAUUAUAGCCGAGUGUGGGGAAAUGUAAAACUUGUAAUUCAUUUACCCAUAAAUGAAAUUGCUGUAAAAAUUUUUUUUUAACAAUCUCAUUAUAAAUCUUAAUUAUAUUUGUUUUUUUCUUUUUUGAGACAA